UGAUUGUUCUUUAUCACACACACAUAUAAGACAGUACAAUACUUAGUAACGAUGUACCCUUGAACUAAAAUAGGAUGUCAUAUAACAUAAAACGGAGAGAACAAUACUAUUAUGGACGAAAAGAGUGUAUUGCUGGGAAAAGACUCAGAUGAUGAUAACAAUCCCCGAGGAUGGUGCAGUUGGAUGCAGGAUACGAAACGUCUUGUUAUAAUAGAGCCAGUUCUGAUUCUUUACUCUAUAUCUACCUCUCUGACUUUUGUGAACAACCAGUACUACUAUCAGAAAAUCGGCGAAAAACAUAAUUUUGAUUAUUUGGGAAAGAAUGAAACUGGUAUUUGUGAAAGUAUCACUGGUAAUCUGUCAGAUAACAAUACAGCUAUAGAACAGGCUAUACAAAAUGAAGUCGCCAUUUUUGAUCUAUAUUUACAUCUUGUAAGAAAUGUACCCGGUCUCUUCACGUCUAUUUUCAUCGGCACCUUGAGCGAUAAAGUCGGACGCUGGCCUGCCUUGAUGUUUCCAUUGCUGUUUACAACACUACGACAUUUGAAUUUUGCAGUCGUCAUUUAUUUACAUGCAGAUUUGGAAUACCUGUUCAUUGGCUAUGCGUUGGAGGGAUUCACUGGGGGUUUUAGCCUACUUAUUGGAACGUCUUACGCAUAUUUAGCUGACGUCACGACCAAGGAGAAUCGUUCAUUUAGAAUGGUCACCAUGGAAGCAUCGUCGGCCGUUGUGACCUCCCUUGGAGGCUUUGGAAUGGGAUAUUUUGUCAAAUAUUAUGGGUUUCUAUACCCUUACGUGCUUGUAUUUGGUCUCAAUGUUGUGACUAUUAUUUAUGUUGCAUUCUGUGUUCCGGAGACAGUCCAGAAACAAUCUGUAAAGAUAAUUACAUGCGAUCACUUGCUCAUGGUCUUCCUUAUCCCUGUUGUGAAUAUAGGUGGUGGGAUGGUCAACACAAUGGUGCGUGCACAGAUUUCAAAGAUUGUUCAUAAAAGUGAAUUAGGUGCAGUAUUUUCCACUAUAGCAAGUGCAGGAAUGGUGUCGAGUACAAUUGGUCACUCUGUGUAUAAUCUUAUCUACAAGGCAACACUCACUACAUUUGAUGGUAUCGUAUUUUUGGUGAUGGCAGGGCUCAACAUGAUAGCUUUAGUACUCAUAAUAGUGCAUCUCAUGAUACUGAAGAAAACUAAAGAUCUACAGCCUGGAAGUACAGUGAACAGUAGUACUCAAGAAUGUGAUCGGAAAGAAGACUCUCCAUGA